AAAAGGACUCGUCUUCUUUCCUACUCACUGUCUCCAAGAUAUCAAAUCAUUAAACUUCCACCCAAUAAGUCAUUGGGACUUUGGCAUUCUCAAGUCUCAUCACGCCAGCCAAUAACAACGCUCAAAUAUCGACAGAAUGAGGUUGUGGACUCACAUGGCCCGGAUGAAUAGACGAUAAAUAAGACAUCAACUUCAGAGGUACAAGUUGAUUUCGUAAUGACAAGCUGCUGUGCAGAAGAUGUCCACGUUGUCUGUGACUGAUAUCCCAGAUGUUGGUCAUGAUGAGAGUAAGGUGUUUGACGGGGCCUCUGAGCUGCAGCUGGACUGCUUGGUUGAGGAGAGCAGUGGAAGCACCACAAUGAAGCAUGGCGGCCUGCUGUCGCUGGCUGACCUCUCCCGGCCAGAUGACUUCCCCACCCCCCCUCAUAAUGGCCCUUUACUGACUGACAUGAGUAGCCCUCAGCAGGUCGAGCCAGGGGACAUUAAGCUGGACCCAUCUGCAGGUGACUCAUCUGCCGCCGGCAUAGAUGGUCAGCCAGUGAAGAGAAAGAAGGGUCCUGCGCCAAAAAUGCUGGGCAAUGAGGUGUGCAGUGUAUGUGGUGACAAGGCCUCUGGUUUCCAUUACAAUGUGUUGAGCUGUGAGGGCUGCAAGGGGUUCUUUCGACGCAGCGUCAUUAAAAGUGCCCAGUACAACUGCAAGAACAACGGCCGCUGUGAAAUGGACAUGUACAUGCGCCGCAAGUGCCAGCAGUGUCGCCUGCGCAAGUGUCGGGAGGCGGGCAUGCUGGAGCAGUGUGUGCUUUCUGAGGAACAAAUCCGACUGAAGAAGAUGAAAAAGCAGCACGAGGAGGAAACGGCCCGCACAUCCACGGUGGUCACCCCCACUCCUCCGCAGGAAACGGCCGCACUGGAUCCACAGCAGCAGGACAUGAUUGAGAAGCUGGUGUCCAUGCAGAAGCAAUGCAACAAAAGGUCUUUCCUUGACCGACCAAAAGUGACGCCGUGGCCACAGAGUCAGGACAUGCAGAACCGAGAAGUGCGUCAGCAGCGGUUCGCCCACUUCACCGAGCUUGCGAUCAUGUCCGUCCAGGAGAUUGUGGAUUUUGCUAAACAGCUUCCUGGUUUCUUGGAGCUCACGAGGGAGGACCAGAUUGCUCUAUUGAAGACGUCAACCAUUGAGAUUAUGCUGCUAGAGACAUCUCGGCGGUACAACCCUGCUAUCGAUAGCAUUACGUUUCUGAAGGACUUCAGCUAUAAUAAGGAGGAUUUUGCCAAAGCAGGGCUUCAGUUUGAGUUCAUUAACCCCAUCUUUGAGUUUUCAAAAGGAAUGAAUGACCUACACCUGGACGAAGCAGAAUAUGCCCUGCUCAUUGCCAUCAACAUCUUUUCCGCAGAUCGGCCAAACGUGCAGGAUCAUGAGCUGGUGGAGAGGCUGCAGCAACCCUACGUGGACGCGUUGCGCUCUUACAUCAUGAUAAAGAGAUCAAAUGAUCAUUUGAUGUUUCCCCGUAUGCUGAUGAAGUUGGUGAGCCUUCGUACACUAAGCAGCGUCCACUCGGAGCAGGUUUUUGCCCUUCGCCUCCAGGACAAGAAGCUUCCCCCUCUGCUCUCUGAAAUCUGGGAUGUCAAUGAGUGACUGCAAACCACUCCCUCUGAAGCCUGAGAGAGAUAUCCUGCAGGACCACUGACUCCUUUCUGCCCAUCUGGUCAGGGACUUUUUCUCUUGUGGGAGGAGAGCAUCAUUGCCCAGUGCUCUCAAACAGACUGCUAAAUGGUUUUGUGUUCAUAAGGAGAAACAUCAACUUCAACAACAAUGUCUUUGAGCCUUUUGUUCUUACUUUUGUGUAGAUGCUGACAUGAUCGUGGCGAUAUUAAAUACCAGCAUCCGGCUCUUUAGCCAGUCUUCUUAGAUUUAAUAUUUGUUAAAAGUUAUGUCAAUUUCUAGUGCAGUGUCAUACUCCUCCUCUAAAUGAUUAUAAUCUGAGCUGGUCUUGGCUGUGACUGCUUAAAAAAACCAUCAGAAUUACAGCUGCAUAUUCAGUUGGAGUAGGGAUCGUUGCAGUCGUGCAAUAGGUGGAAAUAGAUGCAGAGUUAAGCAUGAGCAGAUGCACAUCUGCUGUUCACUUUAUUGAUGUUAGGGUAAAAGGGUAGGCCCUCUGGUUGGUGUUGUGUAUUGUGAUAUGGCAACAAAUAGUGUGUUCCUUUUUGGAGUAAGUGCAGAAAUCAAAAGGUUUGUGUAGUCGCUCAGGUAAAGUUACGGAAGUAGACCUCUGGGAAUUGGAGAACUUUUUUAAUUUCUAUUAGAUUACCUUAGUUUUCUUCCAAGUGCAUAAGGGACCCUUUUGGUCAUUUAUAGAUUCAUCCACAAAUGUUUUUCAACUUUCAUGUAAUUUGUAUAUUUAUUUUCACAAGAAAAAUGUAUGGAGUGCAUAGAGUGUACAAUCACAUACUAACGCACAAGUAGGUAAAACUCUGCAGACUGUGCCUUCAUUCACAGGAAACAGUCUUUUUACACAGAGCACUGGUACCUUGAAAUGGGCGAUACUAAUGUGUCUUCAAAUUCCAUGCAAAGGUUAAGUCUAAAAAAGGUAGUAUGUCAAGCCACCAUCUCUGUGACCCUCCUUACAAAAUCAAUAAAAAUCCGUCUUGUAUUCUGAAUCAAAACAGAAAAACAGUUGUCUCUAUUAACAUCUUAUUUGUCAUGCUUGUGAGAUGAACUUUUCUUCAUUUCAUCACAAAGCAGUUUGGUUAUUUUCAUAUUUAGAUUUUUUGUUUUAUCACUAUCACUUAAAGUUGUGAGAAAUGUAAAAGUAACAUACAUAUAGAGAGUUUGACUUUUUAUUUUUGAUAAUACUGUAUGAAUGACACUGAGGAAGACAUGUAUAGCGGAAUAUCAGGUGGAAAACUAUCUAUAUCUACCAUGGUCUGAGUAUCUUCCUUGAACAGGUACUCAACACCAACAGCUUUAACUGGUCAGAUUCUGGAAAGCCUCGUUAAGAAAAAAAAAUAUAUACCAAAAUCUCUAUUGACAGGGAGCAGAGAACAACAGGAAUUGAGUAGAAACAUUAACAUUUUAUAACGGAGAUUGAUGUUUAUACUCGUGCUGUUUUUCCAUGCAUUCUCCUGUGCAGUGUAAACUUGAAAUGGAUGAUAAAGAAAUGUCAAUGCAAAAAUAUAAUUGUGAAGUUUAUUUUCUCUUCAUGCUCCUGUCGCUUUAAGAGGGCU